AUGACUGAUUUAGUCAAGUAUACAGAGUCAUGGACAGUGGACAUCAAUUGUGAAAAAUUUGCAGAUUUCAAUUUCUUAUCAAGUUUUGAGGAAAUAGCAGAUAUGGUUACAAAAAAGAGAUGUACCGUUCGUUACGUUCAACAAAACGAAAACUACAAGGCUCGUACAUGCCAACCAAUAAACGAAAAUCUGAUUGGUCGCUGUAAUAUAACUGGAUUCCAACCAUCCACUACACCUAUGCCAACUGAAGCAACAACCCCUUCUCCUCACGGAAAUAUAAUCUGUUCAACAUGUAUCUACGUGGGAGGAGUUUCUAACGACAUUGGAUAUGGAAAAAGGGAGACUAUUUGCUUCCUCAAACAUUCAACUUCAGGUAUAGUAUGUCUGAUAAUUCCUUUGACAGUAAUUUGUGGAUGCAACAUAAUAUUUUUUCUCAUGACAAUGCGUAAAAUAAGCUUGACACCAAAAAUGGAAAGAUCAAGCACAAACAAAGCAACCCGUCAAAAUAGUGUUAUAUACAUCAAGCUAUUUAGUUUGACUGGUAUAACCUGGGUUUUCGAAUUUAUUGAUGCUUUUCUGCCAAAGACGCACUUAUCUUUAAUAAUAUGGUUAUUCAACGCGUUACAAGGUGUUUUCAUAUUUCUAUCAUAUAUAUAUAAUCGUUGGUAA